CCUCAUCUCUGGAGCAGAACACGGGAACGGGUCGAAGUACAAAGAUGUCCGGCUCAGAGGACUUCCUUCAAGGCAAAUAUAACAAGACAUCACAGAGGAAAAGAACCGUAUUCACUGAUGAACAGCUUGAAGACUUGAACAUCUUGUUCAGUAAGAACCCGUACCCAGACCGUGACCUUCAGGUAGAAGUAGCCUCCAAAAUGAACAUAGACCCCACGGUGGUGCAGGUCUGGUUCAAGAACCACAGAGCAAAACUCAAGAGAGCAAAAUCCACUCAAGUUCCACCCCCGCAGGAAGCUCAGCACCAGACACCCCUGGAGGACCCAGUCACAGCCCGACUCCUUCCAGGCGCCAGUGGAAGCACCAGCCAGAUACCCUGAAGACGCCUACCCCCAGGGCCUCACUUACCCGCACCUCAGCAUCUACCCCAGGCUCAAAGUCCCCAGGAACCCCUCUGGAGGACACCAAAUCAUCCACUUCGGCUGCUGCGAAGACACCACCAUAUACAACCUCUACCCGCUCUGGAACCCCACAGUGCAGCCAGGACCCGGCUCUGCCGCUGCCUCUUUCUUUGCACAAAACAGACAGAACCAGAACGAUUUCCAGACACAGAAAUAACUUCCAGCCAUAAAGAACAAACAACGAUAUGGUGGCUGGGUUUCAAAAACACCCCGGGGCCAGUGCUGGGGCUCAGUGUGUUAAAGCCCUGGCUUGCUCCAGUUCCAGUCCUGGCUGCUCCACUUCCAUCCAACUCCCUGCUAAUACACCUGGGAAGGCAGCAGAGGACGGCCCAAAUCCUGAGGCCCCACAUCCAUGUGGAGACCUGGAGGAGGCACCUGAUUCCUGGCUUCAGCCUGGCCCAGUCCCAGUCAUUGUGUCCAAUUGGGAAGUAGACCAGCAGAUGGAAGACUCUCUCUCCUUUUCUCUUUCAAAUAAAUAAAAUGAAUCUUUAAAAAAAAAAAAAAAAAAGGCACCUGCGCAGGCCUGCCACAGCAGUGUCCUUGAUCCUGCCCGCAUCCCAGAGUCCUUUAGAUCUGUACGCCCCAGGCCACUGGUCUUCAAACGCCCUGAGCCAUCCCUAAGGAUCACCUACCCUCCCACCCGGACAGGCAAAGAGCUCUGUUUCCGAACUGUGCUGAGCUAGUUGGAUUCACACACUUGUACAAUUCUGCACAUAAACAGAUAGCUCUGUCUCCUAGUCUACUCUUCACUGGAAUCCAGUAAGAAGGGACUUCAGAAAGAGAGGAUUAGGAGAAAUUCGGAGCUGGGAGUUUGGCUUGGUGGUGAGGCCUGGGUUAGAAGGCCUGUGACUCCUGUCAGCAUCUGGGUUCCAGUCCCAGCUCCACUGCUGACUCCUGCUCAUGCACACCGUGGGAGGCAGCAGGGGAUGGCUCGGGUGCUGGGGUCCCUGUCACCUUGUGGGAGACAUGGAUGGAGCUCCUGGCUCCUGCCCUGGGGCUGUGGUGGGCAGGGAGCCAAGGUCAGAGCACUCACUCGCUCUCUGCCUUUCAAAUUAAAGACUUGGAGGGGCUAUGGCACAGCAGGUUAAGCCACCACCUGCAACACCAGCAUCCCAUAUGAGUGCUGGUUCAUGUUCCCGCUGCCCCACUUCCAAUCCAGCUCCCAAGGAAGAUGGCCCAAGUGCAAGCUCCUGCCACCCACCUGGGAGACCCAGCUGAAUCUCUGGGCUCCUGGCUUCAAGCUCGGCCACUGUGGCCAUCUCGGGAGUGAACUAUCAGAUGGAAGAUGUGUCUGUCUCUCCUUUUCUGUGACUGCUUAAAAAAAAAAAAAAAUGAGGGGCCGGCUCUGUGGCAUAGCAGAUUAAGUCGCUACCUGCAGUGCCUGCAUCCUAUAUAGGCACCGGUUCUAGUCCCGGCUGCUCCACUUCCGAUCCAGCUCUCUGCUAUGGCCUGGGAUAGCAGCAGAAGAUGGCCCAAGUGCUUGGGCCCCUGCACCUGUGUGGGAGACCUGGAAGAAGCUCCUGGCUCCUGGC